AUGAUUAUGACGACCGAGUCGCUCCAGGGAGUUCUCUUUUCUAUAGUCCCGACCAAGCAGGUCGUCGGCGUUUUCCUCAUACUCAAUUGUCUUGCAUGGCUCGUUGUGCGUGUUUCUCAAAAAUGGAUGAAUAUCAGUCAGACGACUAGAGCUGCCUCGCCGGAUCUAGAGAAGCCAGCUUCAAGGGGAAAAAUCGCCAGAGUGCCGGGGACCUGGCUUGCAUCUGACUUCAAAAGACCAACUGCACAACCAUACUCAGGCUGGGAUGUCCACACUUCCAAGCCGAUCCCAUAUCGACCUUUCAGAUAUGGCCCCAAAUACUUUGUGACAUUAGGUCUCCGAAGCAUGAAUUGGGACGAAUGGAUCGAGCUCGACAAUCAUUAUCUCAAGUACCACGCCGACAAGAAGAAGCGUCUGGAGGAACGUGGCGAGAAAUGCUACGGUACAGCACCAGAAGCCAUGAAUGGAGCCAUUGAGCUAUUAGAAGAGCUAUGCGAAUACCUUCCCGAGCGCUACCCAACCAUGUUCCAAAAAACACCGACGGGCAUAACCAACACAGUCACCCAUGAAACCUUCAACAUAAGCCAACGCCCACUCGCUGAAGACCCAAUGGCAAUAGCAGCCCGUCUCGUCCAAGACGACCUCGCGCUGAUGUUCGAGCGCCCCGACGGCGAAUACUACCUGCUCGCCGGUGCAAUCCUCCUCGCCGGAUUCUGGCGUCUAAGCGACAAAUUUGGCAUGCGACUCUCAGAAAUCCACACAUCUGGCGAUGUGCCUCAGUACCGUGAGAAACUGGAGAAGGGAAUGAUGAACUUCUUCCGCAGACUGAAGCCCGAAGAGCCCGUUGUGCGGAAUAAUUACUUCAUUCAGGUCGACGAUAGUCUAGCGUGGUCGCACAGUAUCGGGCCUGAAGACGCAGAGACAGUAUCGUGGAAUACGGCGGAGAAGAACAAGGCGAUUGAGAAUCACUUUUUCCGAUCUGAGAGGCAAAGCUUGAGACGGCUGCCAAAGUCUGGGGCUGUGGUGUUUACGAUUCGGACGUAUUUCGAGCCGAUCACAGAGAUCGUGAAGGAGCCCUAUGUACCUGGGCGGCUGGCAUCUGCUAUCCGGAGUUGGGGAGAUGAUGUUUCGAGGUAUAAGGGAAAGGAGAAGUAUGAGGAAGUAUUGUUGGAGUACCUGGAUCAGAAGCACAAGGAGCAGAUUAAAUGUGGGUUGGACGUUGAAAAGGAGGAAAAUGUCCGGAGUUAUCCUCUUUGA